CGGAUUUUUCGUGGAUUCGCUCGAUUCCAUGCAUGUGUUCAUAAGGGCCAUAAGCAGCCAUAAGAUAAGCACGCGGUCUGUUCAGUAAAAAUGGUUCGUAAGAAAAUAGAUAACCGUGUAAGGGUUUUAAUUGAGAAUGGUGUUAUCGCCGGUCAUAGGACAAUGUUUGUCGUCGUGGGAGAAAAAGCGAGAGAUCAGGUUGUUAUACUACAUCACAUGCUUUCAAAGUCUGUGGUAAAGGCUCGUCCAUCAGUUCUCUGGUGCUAUAAAAAGGAGCUGGGCUUCAGCAGUCACCGUAAAAAGAAAAUGAAGUCGCUCCAGCGAAAAGUAAAGUCUGGUAAAUUAGACGUUAACGAGGACGAUCCAUUUGAGUUAUUCGUUGUUUCUACAAAUAUUCGUUACUGUUACUACAAUGAAACACACAAAAUUCUGGGUAAUACCUAUGGCAUGUGUGUACUACAGGACAAUAGAGACUGUCGAAGGUGGUGGUCUUGUGAUCCUUUUACUCCAAUCCAUGAACUCUCUUAAACAACUGUACACUAUGAGCAUGGAUGUGCAUCAGAGAUUCAGAACAGAGGCCCAUCGAGAUGUAGUGUGUAGAUUUAAUGAGAGAUUCCUCUUAUCUCUAGCAUCUUGCAAUAGGUGUCUUGUAGUAGACGAUCAGUUGAGAGUUUUACCAUUGUCAUCACAAAAUUUGAAAAUUGAACCUCUUCCUAAAGCUGGUGCUACUGAGGAGCAGCAAGAACUUAUCUCUCUGAAGGAGAGUCUACGGGAUACCCAACCGGUUUCUGCCCUUAUCAAUUGUUGCAAAACCGUCGACCAGGCAAAAGCUCUCCUCAAAUUUAUUGAAACUAUCUCAGAGAAGACUUUAAGGUCUACAGUAUCCUUAACUGCUGCUCGAGGUAGAGGAAAAUCAGCAACUAUGGGGCUUGCUGUUGCUGCGGCGGUGGCUUUUGGAUAUUCAAAUAUUUAUAUAUCGAGUCCAAGUCCUGAAAAUCUUAACACAUUCUUUGAGUUUGUUUUUAAAGGGUUUGAUGCUUUGGCUUAUCAGGAACAUUUGGAUUAUGGAUUAGUACAGUCUACUAAUCCCGAAUUUAAUAAAGCUACUGUUCGUGUAAAUAUCUUUAGGGAUCACAGACAAACUAUUCAGUAUAUUCAUCCUACUGAUGUACAUAAACUAAGUCAAGCGGAGUUGUUAGUUAUUGAUGAAGCAGCUGCAAUUCCUUUGCCAUAUGUUAAGGCAAUGCUCGGCCCCUAUUUAGUCUUCCUUGCUUCUACAAUUAAUGGAUACGAAGGUACCGGCCGAUCGCUUUCAUUAAAAUUACUCCAGCAAUUGCGCUCGCAGACGUCACCUGGAAAUACUCAUGAAAAAUCGAGUAAGAACAGUGAAAAAAAUGCAGUCGUGGGACGGCAGCUGCACGAAUUGACACUUGAGGAAUCAAUCCGUUAUAAAUCAGGCGAUUCGGUAGAGCAAUGGCUGUGCGAUUUGCUUUGCUUAAAUGCAGCUACGCAGGCUCCAAUAUUGUCUGGUUGUCCACCGCCUGACACUUGUCAAUUAUACUACAUAAACCGAGACACGUUAUUCUCUUAUCACAAGGCAUCCGAAUUAUUCUUGCAAAGGCUUGUGGCUCUGUACGUCGCCUCUCACUAUAAAAACACUCCAAAUGACUUGCAAAUGAUGUCUGACGCUCCGGCACAUCAUCUGUUUUGUUUACUUGGACCAGUCGAUCCGAACAGGAAGUCACUACCUGAGAUAUUAGUAGUCAUUCAAGUUUGUCUUGAGGGAGAGAUCAGUAAGGCCACCAUUGUCGAUGGACUUGGUCGAGGUCGACGUGCAGCUGGUGAUUUGAUACCCUGGACAAUGGCCCAACAAUAUCAGGAUCAAGAUUUUCCUACUCUUGCUGGUGCAAGAAUUGUUCGUAUUGCUACUCAUCCAGAUUACCAUGGAAUGGGAUACGGAAGCCGUGCUCUGGAAUUGCUAAGACAGUAUUAUGAAUUAAAUAUUCCCAACAUUGAAGAGACAUCUGAGGAAAUCUCAGUAAACCCUGAGAUUACAAACGUCCAGGAUGAGGACAUUGGACUAUUGGAAGAGACUAUUGAACCGAGGGCUUCAUUACCACCGUUACUUUCAAAACUAAGUGAACGGAAACCAGAGCACUUGGAUUACAUUGGAGUCUCAUUCGGCUUGACGGAAUCUCUGUUAAAGUUUUGGAAAAAAGCAAAAUUCAUUCCUGUCUAUUUAAGACAAACAACGAAUGACAUAACAGGAGAACAUUCCUGCAUAAUGCUCAGUAAACUUAAUCCAGAAAAGGAUGAGUCCGAUUGGCUCGAAUCAUAUUGGCGAGAUUUCCGUCGGCGUUUCAUCAGCUUAUUAUCUUAUUCCUUCAAUUCAUUCUCACCAUCAUUGGCUCUCAGUGUACUUGUUAAUCGUACAAUCAAUACAGUACCAACAACUCUGACGAAGGAUACUCUGGACGUUUACUUUACCUCGUACGACUUGAAACGAUUGGAAAUGUAUAGCAACAACAUGGCAGAUUAUCAUUUAAUAAUGGACUUAUUACCGAGUCUUGGUAAAUUAUAUUUCUUAAACCUAAUGGGAGAUUCGCACUUCUCACCUGUACAGGCUGCUAUUCUCUUGGGACUAGGUCUUCAGCACAAGACAGUAGACAAGCUCAGCGAAGAGCUAGGCCUACCCUCUUCCCAAUUGCUCGGUCUCUUUAAUAAAAUUAUUCGCAAAUCUGUGAAAUAUCUGAAUGACAUAGCGGAAGCGUUUGUGGAAAGUAAAAUGUUGCUGCCGGAUAGAAAGAACGACAUUACUUUGGAUCCAUCAAAGGGUCGCGGUUUACAAGAGGAAUUGGAAGAGGCUGCCAAGGCAUUAAAAGUCAAGCAGAAAGCUGAGCUCGAAAGACUCAAGAAAGAGAAUCUCGAUCAAUACGCCAUAAAAGGUACGGAUACUGAAUGGAGCAAAGCCCUUUCCGGUAAGAAAAAUAAAAGUUUAAUAUCCGUAAAGAUCGGCGAGAAGAGGGCGACCAACGAGACGGACGAAACUCCACUAGAAUUUCCACAGAAGGAGAAGAAGAAGAAGAAACGAUUCUCUAAAUAGUUAUUAAUCGUUCGAAUAUAUUUUCAUCUACGUUUAACGUUAACAUUGUAAAAUAAAUAUGGAUAUUUAAAAAGUAA